UGCGCAGUGUCACCACGCACGUGUUCUGCUGGUUGUACUCACCGGGAUCGAGUAACAUGGCCGAGAUGGAGACGCAAAAUACCGGGACGGAGGACGGCUUUACUCCCGUCACGCACAGAGGGGGCCGGCGGGCGAAGAAGCGACAGGCCGAGCAGCCGUCAGCGGCGGGACAGGACGGAGACGUCAGCCGCAUGGACACGGAGGAGGCGCGGCCUGCGAAGAGGCCGGUCUUCCCGCCGCUCUCGGGCGAGCGGCUCCUGACUGGGAAAGAAGAAACGAGAAAGAUCCCUGUCCCCGCCAACAGAUACACACCAUUAAAGGAAAACUGGAUGAAGAUAUUUACUCCGAUAGUGGAACACUUGGGACUUCAGAUACGCUUUAACCUGAAAUCAAGGAAUGUCGAAAUCAGGACUUGUAAAGACACCAAGGAUGUAGCUGCCCUGACAAAAGCAGCCGACUUCGUGAAAGCCUUUGUUCUUGGGUUUCAGGUGGAGGAUGCACUUGCCCUUAUCAGGCUGGAUGACCUCUUCCUAGAGUCUUUUGAAAUAACCGAUGUUAAGCCCCUAAAAGGAGACCACCUGUCAAGGGCAAUAGGACGAAUUGCUGGCAAAGGAGGGAAAACGAAAUUUACAAUAGAGAAUGUGACACGGACACGGAUUGUUUUGGCAGAUGUGAAAGUUCACAUUCUCGGCUCUUUCCAGAACAUCAAGAUGGCGAGAACUGCCAUUUGCAACCUCAUCCUAGGAAAUCCUCCAUCAAAGGUUUAUGGCAAUAUCCGAGCUGUGGCCAGCAGAUCAGCGGACCGGUUCUGAUUCCCCUCCGACUGAGAUAUUCACAUAAAACCAUGGGAAUAUUUCCUAGCCGCCUACAGCUCAGGUUCCUUUUCAGGUCUCAGCCAGAGCAGAAGCAGAAAGAGAAGGAAAGUUUAACCGGACUUGGCACUCCACUGCUUCUAGGAUAAUUUAAAUAUCAAAAUGUAAUACUUUUAAUACUUAACACUUUAAGUGUGAAUUGCUGUAUUUUUUCACUUUAAUCACAUGUGGCAUAUUCAGAGUUUAAAAUCUUGUCAUUUAGAGAUGACUUCUUAAGACAGAUUUAUAACUAAACAAAAGCAUUUUUUCCUCUGAAAAUUUUAAUGAAAAUCUCAGAAGACCUGAGAAUCACAAUCCUUGGUACCGAGCACCAUGACUACUUCAGGGAUGGGUCAUAGCACUGGUCUGUGCCGUUGAGCCUCAGGUGCUCGUCUGUGUGCAAUCUAUGAAAUGAAAGCCCGCAUCACAAGGCUAAUGAAUUGCUUUUCAAGGAAGUAAUGAAAGUAAAACAGUUUAUUCUUA